AUGUUGUUCUUAGCAGUUCAAAAUCUGCAAAUCCUGUGUAUAUAUAACUUAUUGGCUACCGCAUCCACAACAAGUAUUCCAUAUCAAAAGGCUAGUUUCAGCGUGAGCUCAAUUAUAGAUCCCGUAUUGCAUCCCAUUGUUGUCGCUGGAUCAAAUAGAUGCGAGGCGGUCAAAAGUUUCUUUGGCUUAUCCUACGAACAAAUGCAACACAAAAAUGCAACAAAUUUUAACGAAUUCUUGAAAAUUGCUCACAUCACCAAAAAAGGAAAUAUUAAAUAUAAUAUGAACGAAACCAACAUAUUUAAAAGACUUGUGAACAGUGCUACGUCAAUAGUUUUCCUUAUUCAUGGAUUUAUGGAAAGUUCUGAUGGAUUAAUGGUGCAGGGAGCCGCCCCAGAAUUUCUGAAGAAAAAGUAUGUGCAAGUGUUUGCUUUGGAUGGAAGCAAAUUGAUUAAUUUAGAGUAUAUGCGAUCAUCAACCUAUGUUAGGUUUAUGGGGGAAGGUCUGGGAGCAUAUUUGAGUGAUAUCGUUAAUAAUGGUGUUAAUGUCUCUAAAAUAAGUUUAGUUGGUCAUAGUCUAGGAGCUCAUAUUGCAGGUAUUGCUGGGAAGCAAGUCUAUGAAAAAACAGGUAAACUUCUUAGCAGAAUCACUGGACUAGAUCCGGCUGGACCGUGUUUCAGUAAUGUUAAUAUUGAUUCAAAACUUGAUAAGACUGAUGCUGAAUACGUUGAUGUUAUACACACGAAUGGUGGCAUGUUAGGACUGAAAGAGCCUGUAGGGCACAAAGAUUUUUACCCAAACAAUGGUAUGUCACAACCUGGUUGUUUUCUCUCCACAUGCGACCAUAGCAGAGCUUGGGAAAUGUUUUCGGAAUCUAUUAAUUCCCCAGAUAAUUUUCCAGCGCGUAAAUGCGAAAACUGGACGAUGUUUCAAAAUGGCAACUGUAAGAAAAAUGAGGUGACAUAUUUGGGUAUUAAAUCUAAUGAUGGUGGUUUAGGAAAUUAUUACCUUACCACAGGUUCGUCGCCACCAUAUGGACUAGGUCCAACCGGAAGUGGC